UGGAAAUACCGAGGCAAGCUACAGAAGCUUGAAUCCAGCAGCACCAUUCCUAUGCUACAGAGAAUGCUUAAGUAACUUAAUUCUUCUCACAAAACCUGAUGUUGUUGGCAGCUUCAAAACUGGCUGGGUGCCCUGACAUGAAUUGCAGAUUCUCUGCGCUCCUUUGGAGAGGAGUUUGAGGAGGAUGAAAGCAGAUGCAGGCAGACACAGAUGGAGCCCAGAAGCCAAAUAGCAUGAGGCUCUCCUCACUCCACCAGUGGGUUUGGCAGUUUCACACUGUUUUAAGGAAGAAAGAAAUGCCAGAAGCUACACCCAUGAAGUUUCACCUAAAUAUAUGCCCUAAAGAAGGAAGUCACUAAUAGACAUUCGGAUGAGGGCAGAGGAAAGUUCGAGAGGCUCAGAAUCAGCAGAGAAGGGACUAACAAGCCAGGGAUUGCUCAGCGGGCCUGUCUGAGCAUUGUGGUCCAUUAAGAAGUCAACAGACAGCCAAGACUACAUGAACAAAUUUAGUACAUUUUCUGUUGAGAUUAUCAGUAGUGCACCGAAAAACAAUGAAUAUCUCUGGAUCAAAACAAAUACACAAAAGGAAAAUACUGCGGUUGUUUUCUUGUUUCUCUUGUACCCAAAAUCAAAAGAAACUCAAACAUAAAUCCCAGGACGUGGAAAAAAAACUCUGUAGAGAAAAUAAGGUGUUGAGAGAUGAAAAUAGGGCUCUGAGAAAAGACAACAAAUUUCUCUGGGGCGAAAACAAAGCCUUAGGAAGAGAAAAUAAAACCUUCCGGAUGGACAACCAGUUCAUCAGGGAAAGAAAUCAUAUCCUAAGGCAGCAGAACCAGCUACUCCGGAAGGUGAAAAGGUUGAUUUCAGAGAACCCAAAACUGUCUGGGGAAGAAUGCAAUGCCUUGAACACAGAAGGAAGGUCUUUUUGGCAACAGAAUCGAGCCAUGGAAGCUCAGAUCACAGCUCUCCGGCAGCAAGAGAAAGCCUUCCAGAAUGAGGCCAAAGCCUUGCAUGAGGAGAUCAAGUCCCUGUGUGAGGAGACCAAGGCUCUACAACACCAAGAGAGGGCUCUCAGGAUGGAAGAGAAAGCCCUGCUGAGGGACGGAGUGGCUGCAGAGCUGGCAGAGGCCCUGACCAAGGAGGGAGCUGCUCUAGAGAUGGAAGAACAGGCUUUGUGGAAGGAAGAGCAGGCUCUCAGGGAGGAGAACAAGGCGCUGAGAGAAGAGCACGGGGCUCUACAAGACGAGGAAGUUGCCCUGCAGGAAGAGGCGAGAAUCCUCCAGGAGUGGAAUAAUCUUCUUCAGGGGAAGAUCACAAACAACCUCCCAGAGAAUAUGAAUAACCAAGACCCAGAGAAGUGCGAACUAAGAAUGUAACCAUGAAGUCAUGACAAUAAUUGUAAUUCCAGAACAUAAAAGUAGAAUUCGAUCGCGUAAUGUUAUUGUCAGAAGCCUCAGAAAUUGACGUGCUCAAUAUUUGGUCCUUGAAACAAAAUAAAGGCCUGAGAAAUAAAUUAAAA